AUGCCGACGCUGACACCAAUUGAGGCGCAUUUUCAGCGCCUCGACGACGAGAAAGCGUCUGGUCAAGGGGAGAAGGCCAAAGACAAAGCACAACUCGACGAGUAUCGCCAAUGCUUUGAUGCUUCUCGCGGCUUCGAGGACGACAAGGACUGGCUGCCGCAACUGAGCAAAGCCACGGCCGCUGCGGACGCCAAGGUUGCCAAAGCCGCCACGAAGACUGCUAACAAGGAAGCUCAGCUCAAGAAGCAAGCUCUGAACGCAGCAGCACAGAAGUGGUCCUUUGAUACCAUGCAGGCGGCCUCACAAGCGGCUCUGCAACCACCGCCCCACCACCCUCCAUCUCCAUCACCAUCACCGCCUAAGCUCGCCCAAUCCAAAGCUGAAGCGGCCGGGACUGCUCUCGCCGCCGCGGAAUCCCGGCAUCGAUAUCUCAUGCGGACUUCGCUGGCGUAUCGUCAGAGUCUAGGCGCCGAUCGCAUGCGGGACACCGACUCUGACGGCCCAUCAAUUCGCUCUCAGCCAGACAUCACCAAUUCCUACCCAUACCAAGAUUACUCCUUCAUGCGGCAGGGCAUGGACGCGGGCCGCGACGGUUUGAACAACAGGCCAGAUGACGAUACUCAGUCGCAAGCCAGUAGCUCAUACUACUCGGCGGCGAGCAACGGUUCAGGAAAUGAGAGCAAGCGUGCACAGGCAGGCUACUACAGCAGCACCAUGCCAGCACAAGCUCUUGUCACUGUCCAUCCGCCAUAUGCUUCUACGGGACUGCGUACAUACCAGUACCAUUAUCCGCAGCCAGGAUAUCGUCAGCAAAGCCCUACUCGCUCAGAGGGCAGUGGUCACGCUGCGACCUCUGCGCUCAACGCUCAUCCAUACGCGCAGGCAGGCUAUUCCCAACAGAACCCUACUCCCGCAGAGGCCGCUACAACUGCUGCCCACAACUUCAACCGCAAUCGCGAUCAAUCGUCCCAACCGGUUGGCUACAGCGGGGGCCCACAUGCGCAACAUACGAGUCCACUCAAGGCGACGACGGAGAACCAGAGCGCAUACAACAACCUCUACCCGCAGACGGGCUACUACGAUGGCGCCGAUGCACCCUACUACUUCAAUGGGUACAGCUGGAGCGGCCAUCAGCCUUGA